UUUACACCUGACACAUGGCAUUUAAUCAUUGAGCAACGUAGUCAAUCAGCACCGGAUUCAGACGCAGUUGUCACAGAUUUGAACACUGCACUUUGAACGCUCUUAUCUUUUGAACAUCGGAUUUUUGUCACAGUCCACACAGUUUUGCAGGCAGACAAGACAGGGCUCAAGCAUGGGAGAAUGGGGAUUUCUCUCCAAGCUGCUGGACAAAGUGCAGUCUCACUCCACAGUGGUUGGGAAGGUGUGGCUCACCGUCCUGUUUGUCUUCAGGAUCAUGGUUCUCGGGGCUGGUGCUGAAAAGGUGUGGAGCGAUGAACAAUCAAAAAUGAUCUGCAACACGAAACAACCUGGUUGCACGAACGUAUGCUAUGAUCACACCUUUCCCAUCUCCCAUAUUCGCUUCUGGGUUCUUCAAAUCAUCUUCGUGUCCACGCCAACGCUUCUAUACUUCGGCCACGUCCUGCACGUCCUCCACAAAGAAAAGAAACUUCGACACGAGAUCGAAACCCACGCUGAAAAACAAGGCCUCAAACAGCCGAAAUACAUCGACGAUUACGGCAAAGUUAUAAUCAAGGGCCAAUUAUUGGGUAGUUACCUAGCCAGCCUGUUUGUGAAGAUCUUACUGGAGGCUGCAUUUAUUGUUGGCCAGUAUUAUAUUUAUGGUUUCAUAAUGAUCCCGAAGAUCGAAUGCUCCCAGUCUCCUUGCCCCCACACAGUCGAGUGCUACAUGUCCCGUCCCACAGAGAAGACCAUCUUUAUCAUCUUUAUGCUGGUGGUGGCGUGCAUCUCUCUGUUUCUGAACGUGAUAGAGAUGUUCUAUCUGAUAUGCCGCAGGUCAAAGAGACACCGUGCCGCAAAGAUGACUUCAUUUCAUAAAGGUUUAAACGGAUCUAAGGUGUACAUUUCAGGAACUUCAGGAAAGUCUAGCCAAUCUUAAGGGUUUAAAAAAAUAUUAUGCUUGAUGUUUGGAGCUUUUCCAUGGCUAAAUGAGACUGAGAUCUGGGAAUUCAAAUAAGAGUAAUUUGUUUUGCUGAGUUUUUGUUUUGCUUUUAAAUGAUGCCCAGAUAACAACUAACAUUCUCAGUUACACUCUUAAAAUUAAAGUUCUUGAUUGGCAUUGAUGGUUCCAUGAUGAAACUUAAUGUUUUACAUUAAGCGAUGUUUUACAAAAGGCUCUUUAUAGAAAAAGAUGUUCUUUGGAGAAUCAAAAAAAUGUUCUCCAUCACUAGGAAAACCACUUUUUGGAUCUUCCAGGCGUCUUUAUCUUUAAGAAUAAACAUUUUUCUUUCAGUAACAUUAAUAAAACCUUUCUAGAAUAUAUUUAAAAUGUUCUCAAAACAUAAAAACAUCAUGCAUUUAACAAAGAAAAUAAAAGAUUUGUACACUAUUCUUGGAACACAUUACAUCUAAGAUGUAUGUGUAACAUUUUUAAAUCAGCAAUGGUUGCAAAUGAAAAAAAUAAAAAAAGAAUGUUUCUUUAAUUUUCUCACUAUUAGCCCCCCUGUUUAUUUUUUUCCUUAAUUUCUGUUUAACGGAGAGAAGAUUUUUUUCAACACAUUUCUAAACAUAAAAGUUUUAAUAACUCAUUUCUAAUAACUGGUUUAUUUUAUCUUUGCCAUGAUGACAGUACAUAAUAUUUAAUUAGAUAUUUUUCAAGACACUUCUAUACAGCUUAAAGAGACAUUUAAAGGCUUAACUAGGUUAAUUAGGUUAACUAGCAGGUUAGUGUAAUUAGGCAAGUUAUUGUAAAAUGAUCGUUUGUUCUGUAGACAGUCGAAAAAAUAUAUAGCUUAAAGGGGCUAAUAAUUUUUACCUUAAAAUGGUUCAUAAAAAAUUAAAACUGCUUUUAUUCUAGCUGAAAUAAAACAAAUAAGACUUUCUCCAGAAGAAAAAAUAUUAUCAGACAUACUGUGUAAAUUUCCUUGCUCUGUUAAACAUCAUUUGGGAAAUAUAAAAAAAAAGAAAAAUAAUUCUAAUAAUUAUUCCUAAUAAUUGUA